UCUCAUUUCCGUCUUCCCUCGCUUGUCUCAUCCGCUUAACUAUCUUCAUUCCCGCAAAGAAGAAGAAGAAGGAGAUCGAACAGAACGGAACAUUUCCAACAAUGGCGGGUGUCCGUUCCCCAAUCUCUGCGCUCCCUUUCACCACUCCAAAGCCUACACACAACGCACCUCCGUCGCCGCUGCUGACCAACCCAAAAGCCGUUCCCAAAGAGCUUCACUUCAACCGCGACGGUUCAGCAACCAAGAAGCUCCUGGCAGGGGUGAACUUGGUGGCAGAGCUUGUUGGGGUGACGCUGGGGCCCAGGGGAAGGAAUGUCGUGCUGCAGAACAAGUACGGCCCUCCCAAGAUUGUCAAUGACGGUGAAACUGUCCUUAAAGAGAUAGAAUUGGAGGAUCCUCUAGAAAAUGUUGGUGUGAAAUUGGUGAGGCAAGCUGGUGCCAGGACGAAUGACCUUGCAGGUGAUGGAUCCACUACCUCUGUCAUUCUGGCUCAGGGUUUGAUCGCUGAGGGCAUAAAGGUUGUUGCAGCUGGUAUGAACCCUGUCCAGAUCGCUCGUGGUAUAGAGAAGACUGCAAAGGCCCUGGUUUCCGAACUGAAAAAGAUCUCUAUUGAGGUCGAGGAUCACGAGCUUGCAGAUGUUGCUGCAGUUAGCGCAGGGAACGAUUAUACAGUUGGGAACAUGAUAUCGAACGCCUUGAAGAAAGUGGGGAAGAGAGGUUUCAUCACGAUCGAGAAAGGGAAGGGCACUGACUGCAGUCUCGAGAUUGUCGAGGGCAUGCAGUUUGAUCGAGGAUACCUGUCUCCAUACUUUGUGAACAACCGAGAAAAGAUGACUGUGGAGUUCCACAACUGCAAGUUACUUUUGGUCGACAAGAAGAUCACAAACCCAAAGGAGAUGUUCAAGAUUUUGGAUAGUGCAGUAAAAGAGAAAUAUCCAAUUGUAAUAGUUGCUGAGGCAAUCGAACCAGAAGCGCUGACUCCAGUAAUUAGAAACAAGCUCAGAGGAGUGCUGAGGGCAGCAGCUAUAAAGGCCCCUUCUUUUGGAGAAAGGAGGGGUCACUGCCUAGAAGACAUUGCUAUCAUGACUGGAGGCACUGUGAUCAGGGAGGAUAUGGGAUUGACUCUUGAUAAAGCAACCAAGGAUAUGCUUGGGAGUGCAAUAAAAGUUGUGAUAUCUAAAAAUUCCACGCUCAUAGUUACUGAUGGGAGCACAAGAGUUGCUGUUGAGGAGAGAGUUUCUCAGAUCAAAGGCCUUGUUGAGAACACUGAGGAGAAGUUUCAGAAGAAGAUACUGAACGAGAGAAUAGCAAGAUUAUCGGGGGGAGUCGGUAUUCUUCAGGUGGGAGCCCAAACCCAAGUGGAGUUGAAGGAUAAACAGCUGAGGAUUGAGGAUGCUCUUAAUGCAACAAAAGCGGCAAUUGAGGAAGGUGUAGUAGUUGGUGGAGGCUGUAGCCUUUUGAGGCUAACUUCGAAGGUGGAUGGAAUCAAAGACCUUCUAGAUAAUGAAGAACAGAAGAUAGGUGCUGAGAUAUUUAAAAGAGCUCUGAGCUACCCUGCUCGACAGAUUGCCAAGAAUGCUGGGGCAAAUGGCAGCGUUGUUGUGGAGAAGAUUUUGUCAGUUGACAAUGUUAGGUAUGGAUAUAAUGCUGCUACGCGCAGCUAUGAGGAUCUAAUGUCUGCUGGCAUAAUCGAUCCAUCAAAGGUAGUUAGAUGUUGCUUGGAGCAUGCAGCAUCUGUGGCGAAAACUGUUUUGACAUCCGAUGCUGUUGUAGUAGACAUUAAGGAACAAGAACCCAUUAUUCCGAAGAGGAAACCUAUGAGAACUUCCAGUACCUAUGCCUUUCCUAAGAAGUCAUAAAUUUCCUCAAGAUUUUCAGCUCCUCGUUUAAUCACAUUAGCUCUGAGGAAUGGGACAUUUUGAAUGUGGAGGUAUUCAACCUGUGAGACUUCCAUUUGCUGUGUAGAUCAUAAUUUGUUAUAGCUGUUACAUUCAGAAAACCUCAGGCAUUUGCCGAUGGCACAAUGCAAUCAUGGACAACUUGGAGUCCGUUUAGACUGUACAGCUCCCAUUACACCACAGAAGCCGGCUAUCACAUAAGCAUCACUAAAGGCAGUCAUUCCUUUGAUGACUAAAGAGCGAGAUCUUGCAUCUGGGAAGUAGCGAUGUAGCUAUAAAACAGAAUGUACCGUCAUUUUUUGAGGCAUGAUUCUCUCACUAUAUGUAUGUGAAGGUGUUGUACUCAGAUGGUGGCAGAGGAGAUAUCAGAUGAUGCCCUAGAACUUGAUUUAUGUAUUUGGAUAAUUCCUUUUAUGGCAAUAAAGUUUAUUCUAUUAUUCGUA